UUCUAAAUAAAAACAUGCGAUAACGUAGACUGUAGAGAAAGAUGUAAUUAUUUAUGAUAUUGAUGCGGUAGACCGUAGACGAUAGGAAAAAUAGAUGGUACACUCAGUUUUCACGCUUCAACCAUAAAGUAUAUUUUGAUCGUGAUAUUUAUUCAGUAAGUUCUCCGCUCGUAUAGGAGACGUAUUUGCAAAUAUGAACUCUGCACAAGAUAGCAAUAGGACACACACAACGACAUCAGAGUUUACCACGCACGCUGCUGUUCUUUUAAAACAGUACUACCGUGACUCGUGGUUUGGCCACAAUUAUGACGCCACUAGUCCACUAAGUGAACAUUGUGAACAAUUGAACACAAAAGUCUACGAACUACUCAAAUGCGAAAUUCACAAGACUUUUCCCCAAUGCGAUAUCUUGAAAAUACAACGUAUCCACGCCCCACAGAUGUACGGUAUGUACCUCUUACGCAAGGCGGAAAUGCGCUUGCAGACCAAUGGUGGAAAUGAUAUAGAGAAAGUCCUGUACCACGUCACCGCUGAGUCCAACGCUGUGGAGUCGCUGAUCAGGGGACUCGACUGGAGGCGCAAUCAGCGCGCCAAAUUUGGGAGCGGUGUAUCUUUCAGUAAUGACGUGGACUAUAGCAACUAUCACGCCAAUCAGUCCACUAAUAAAGGUAUAAGAUAAAUAAUAUAGUGUUUAUUAUUAAUCUUUGUUUACCUGUCAACGAAAUUCUACACCAUUCCACCCUAAUAAAACGUAUCAAAGUCCCCUCAAAAAUCG